AUGUUCGACCACGAACAGCGCGCCAAGGAGUUACGAAGCUUCGCAAAGUUCGGGGAGCUCAGGCCUUCGCCUACAGCCGUCCAAUUGAAGUUGGGGAAGUAUUGGGUGGCCACUGGCAAAUGGAUCUCGACGACGUCGGACGACAUGGACGAUAGUGAGCACCACCCUUUCGAGUUUGCUUGGGUGCGCAAGAACAUCGACACGCCAUUGUGCAAGUCGCCGAAAAGGUCUACCGUGGUAACGUUCUUGAUGGAUUACAGCCCCAUGAGCCACCUAAAGAACACGUUGAUUGAAGGGAAGCGUAAGACGCAAGCCACUUUGCUCAGUUCCAUCGGCGGCUUCAGAAGCUUUGAGCUGCCGGAGGAUGAGGGGAACCGGUCGACUUCGAGAGACCGUAGCUUCGGGAAAACCGCAUACGAAUUUGAGAAAAUCGUGAAGCUCUUCGGAGUCCUUGGUAGCGAGAAAGUCGCCCGGAUGGUAUAUUCGUUAAUGUGGAUAUGGAUACGGCUCUCGAUGAUGCCGAUGAAGAGGUGGUUUUUUCCCAUCGUCAGGGAGUUGGAACGAAAGAGGAUUGGGCGUACGAGGCAGUACCUCGAUACAAAAUACUUAGUCUACCCGUCGCACGCCAUAUUCAGGAUCUCCGAGAGGAUUUCGAACGAUAGGCGCUCGUUACGACGGCGAGGAUCCCAGAUAUUUUAG